AUGUUGCCUCCGCCCACUGUCAAGUCUGUAAACAUCGCUUUGGCCCCGCCGGAAUACCAUCGCGAUAUUUCGCGCGUGCGGUUUGCCUACAACUAUCUCAAUGAGAUUCCGAGAUUUUUGCAGCCCCAAGGCCUAGAAUAUAACGCUGUCCCUGGGCUAAAGAAGUCUGUCAAGUCAGGGCAACGGUUACAUUCUAUGACCUCCAAUGCAUUCACAUUGGACCCCGUUGCCGCCGGCCUGCCAUGGCCAACAGGGUUGGACUGUAUUCGCCAGAGCAAGUUCUGGCAGAGCGGAUUGAGCAUCUCCAGCAAACUCUUGGAGCUGUUUGCCCGCGAUGAAACUGUUAGUCAAGCGUUCAAAGCGAAUGAAAAGUCGCUUGGUAGCAUUGCGGCGCACGAAUUGAACACAGUGGAAGAAGAUCGUUUCACUAAGUUUGCCACAUAUCUGUUUCCGGAGGCAGAUGAAGAUCGCAUGAGACUGUUGGCCGCCUCGAUUGUGUACAUAGUAAUCUUUGAUGACGCUUGGGAAAUGGUGGAAGGAAACGAGUUGAAAGAUGUGAGAGAUGGAUUCCUGGACCGCCUCCAGGGUCGUGCAUGCCAGGCCCCAGAGAGCGACCUUCAGGCCCUCAUCACAUCUACGGUUGACGGAUUCCGCGAACAAGAUGCCCUGGCUGGGGAUGGAGGACAGGAAGUUAUCGACCGUCUGGUCGACUUUUGCAAACACGUCCCACCGGCUCAGAAAUUCGAUACUCUUGGGGACUACCUCACAUAUCGUCGGAUUGACGCCGGAGUGCCUUACAUUCUGGCGUGUGUCAAGUUCUCCAUUGCAUCGAACGUCAAGAUUGAGAGCCCCCAGCUGGAGAAGUUUCUGCGGCUUAUCAGCGACCACGUUUCCCUCGUGAAUGACCUUGCAUCCUACGAGAAGGAAAAGAGAGCCUAUGACCAGGGUCGGACAUAUCAUCUGAUCAAUGCUGUUGAAGUUGUUCAAAGGUUAUUCUCCAUGCCCACGGAGAAUUCAGCCAAAGCGCUCGCCUACGCAAUGCAGCUGGAGAUUGAGGUAGAGAUUGACCAGGAACUGACACGGAUGAGAGAGGAACGUUCCCUCACUGCGGAAGAGUGGCAAUUUGUUGAUGCAGUGUUGACAAUGACGGCGGGCAAUGUCUUCUACUCGGUGGUCUCGUCUCGGUACGGUGGAGAAAGCACGCGAAUUCCGGAAUAG